UAUUUAAAAAACACUUUAUAUAUUCUAUUAAUAAAAACAACAAUGGGAUAUGUUGAGAUUCAACAAUGGGUUUUCGCGUUGGAAAGAGGGGGAUGUGUAGUGUUCUUAUGCGCCUUAUUAUUAGGAACUUUCUUCAACAAUUGUCAAGAAUUUGUGCAGAUCUUGCUAGCUGUGGUUGCCUUGACUUUCUUGACUACUAAUCUCAUCUUCUUUCUCCCUGGUUUUGACGAUGUUCCGGGAAUUAAAUAUUCGGAAAAACCAAAAGAAGAGCAACUAUUAGAGAAACAGAAACUCGUUGAACAACUUGAGGAAUGUGAGGAGGAGAAACAGAAACUCGUUGAACAACUUGAAGAAUACACAAGUGAGAUCAAAUACCAUAGGAAGUUGUCCAAGCUCGAAGAAAGGUUUGACAAGUUAGAGCAACAGCAGCAGAAACAUGUAGUGAAGGAGGAAGAAGAAGAUGUUGAUAAACUGAAAGAGAAGUGUAAGAAGUUGGAGGAAGAGAAAGAGGAGCUUUUAAUUGUGGUUGAAGAGUUCAAGAAUUACCAACAAUUAUGGGAACAAGAAAGAAGUAAUAACACAAUGUUUAUAAUUGAUAACCAAAUUAAUAUUACUCAAGAUUAUAAGGAGCUGCUAAACAAACAAAAUGAUAUGAUGUUGAAGGUUAUUAGCAUGCAAUCAUUGAGUUAGAGAAAUUAAGUUAGGGAUCGAUGUUGAUUAUUAGGAUAUGGUUACAUGUUUUUUUUGUUUAAUUAGACAAUAUUUAAGUUUAGUGAAAGUUAGGGAUGUUGAUUAUUAGGGUUUGGUUACAUGUUUUUGUUUAAUUAGAUAUUAAUUAAUCAAGCUAAGGUGUUUAAAUAGGGAGUACAUUUUAACUUUGUGGUGAUUUUGUUAGCCUUGAUCUGAUUUUUCAUUCAAGUUUUUCA